AUGGUGUUUGCAAUGCAACAAAGCUUAGGGAAGAGAUGGUGCAAGUUAUUGGCUAGUUGCACUUUGACAUGGCCUGAGACUGUUGCGGUUGUUGCUGAGUUUAACAGCGACUGGAGUGGGUUUGCGAGUGCGACAGAGCUUGAGAAGGAGUUUGAGAGGGAAGGCUGCAGCAAAAAGGAGUGGGUAGAGAAGAGGGGAGAUUCUGAGUCCAAGGCUUAUGGAUGGUGCGCACGUGCGGAAGACUAUAACUCUGAAGGACCCAUCGGUGAGUACCUCUCCAAGGAGGGGAAGCUAAGAACCGUUUCAGAUAUCUCUCAAGAAAAAGCUGAGGAUAGAAACAGUGUUCUUGAAGAACUCUCGAGUAUGAUCGCUAUGACUAAUGAGGAUCUGAACAAGGUUCAGUACAGUUACAACGAGACGGCUAUGUUACUGAAGAGGGUCAAGGACCAGAAGAAAAACUUGGACGAAGCUUAUGCAGAAGAAACAAAGAAGAUGCAUCAGAUGUCGAUUCGCAGUAUCCAGAAGAUCCUUGAAGAUAAAGAGAGGCUAAGCAAUGAACUGGAAGCAAAGAUGCUGAGACUAAAGAACUGGUCCAAAGAGUUGGAGAAAAAGGAAACACUAACUGAACUGGAGAGACAAAAGUUGGAUGAAGAGAAGAAAAAGGUAAUAAUCAGUCCAUAGUCACUGUCAUAUACAGGAAACAAU